AUGCCCACACCCCUGACACAAUCAGGACACAGGCCAGAUGUGCAGAUCAUCUCACGUAAGAUCACCCUGACCAGCUGCAUCACGGCCUGGUAUGGCAUUUGCACCGCCCACAACCGUAAGGCUCUACAGAGAAUGGUGAAAACUGCACAGCACAUCACCAGGACAGAGCUGCCAUCCAUGGAGGACCUGCCGUCUGGGAGCAGGUGCAAUACUGACCCCAUUAAGGCCUACAACAGGAACUCUGAGGAGUGUCUUAAAAUAACUAAGAAGAGGAGCAGGACAAGUAAGAGUCCCUACAAGGGCUGCAGACGAAGAUCUAGCGGGCCUUCAUCAAGGGCCCCUGCUGCCACAAGUGCCCAAGAGUACAGUAACACAACUCACAGCACAGGAGAAACUCAGAGCCUCCCUGGACAAAGCGCUGGAGGUGUGAGUGUCAGCAAAAGCCAAAAGAACAGGCAUAAGAAGAGGUCCACCAAAAAGAGGCAGUGGUCCCCACAGUCUGAGGAACAGGCUCAGACCUUUAGAGGCUCUUCCUCCUCCACUGAGGAUGCUGGUGCACCCACACCUGCCAGCAAUAGCAACACCUCUGAUGCUAAAGAGAGGAAGAGGGAAAAGAGUGAUUCUGAGGAGUCAAAGAGAGUCACAAAGAGGAGCAGAAAGACCCUUAGCAAGUGCCCCUCGGGUGAUAUACCCUCAUCCUCAGUCAGCGCUGCCUACCGUGACAACAUUGCUGACUUCUAUGCAAAGUACCAAGAGGAAGAUAUUCUUGGUGAAGGAGGCUUCGGGUCAGUCUAUGCCGGCUACCGUAAAGAGGAUAAUCUGCCUGUGGCCAUAAAACAUAUCCCCCAGCACAGCGUUAAGCACACAGCAGUGGAACUGGAAGGGAAAGUGGUGAUGGUGCCUAUGGAAGUAGUGCUGCAUCUUAAACUUAAGCCAGCAGAAGGAGAGUCCAGUGCAAUUAUCUCCCUGCAUGACUGGUACAGUCUAGACUCAGAACUCAUUCUGGUGAUGGAGAGACCAGUACCCUGCAUGGAUAUGAUAGACUACCUGAACUCCAGGCCGUCCAUCCUGCAGGAGCACGAAGCUAAAGAAAUAACAAGACAGCUGGUGGAUGCACUGAUCGAGGUCCACUCAAAAGGUGUUUUCCACCGGGACAUCAAGCUGGACAACAUCCUAAUGGAGACCGGCUCUGAGAUCCCUCGUGUGAGGCUCAUUGACUUCGGCUGCGGAACAUUUUUGUUACAAGGAAUGUACCACAGUAAACAAGGUACCUAUUCAUACACCACUCCUGAGUGGUUCAAGCAUGGCAGCUACAGGGCAGAACCAACAACUGUUUGGCAAGUCGGUAUGGUGCUGUUUGGGAUUCUCCAUUCCUAUCUCCCCUUCAAGACGAGGGAUGACAUCAUCAGUGUUAUCCCUAAAAUUAAUAAGCGGCUGUCCUACGAGUGCCGUGAUUUCCUCCAGGGCUGUCUGAAGAAAAGCCCAGAAGGCCGAACCAGCCUGGAGGGUCUUAAACGCCACCCCUGGCUGGUGUAA